ACUGACCAGAUAUACAAUCCGGACGCCCCUUCCAAACCGGAAUCUGAUUACUAAUGGACUGGCCCAGCACAGGGCUGCCCUCAGCGACGAGAAGCAGUAAUCUCCCUAUAUUCUCAGGGAGAAUGGGUACUGAGGAUGCCACCAGUCUGAGUCGAACGCUGUGCAUCCAUGAGAGAACCGUCUCCAGAAAAAAAAAAAAACAGCAAGAGGCACAAGGAAGACCUGGACGGGGCUGGAGGAGAAGAGUAUCCCAUGGAUAUUUGGCUAUUGGUGGCCUCCUAUAUCCGUCCUGAGGACAUUGUGAAUUUUUCCCUGAUUUGUAAGAAUGCCUGGAAUGUCACUUGCACUGCUGCCUUUUGGACCAGGUUGUACCGAAGGCACUGCACGCUGGAUGCCUCUCUGCCUUUGCGCCUGCGACCAGACUCCAUGGAGAAGCUGCGCUGUCUCCGGGCAUGUGUGAUCCGAUCUCUGUACCAUAUGUAUGAGCCAUUUGCUGCUCCAAUUUCCAAGAAUCCAGCCAUUCCAGAAAGCACUCCCAGCACAUUAAAGAAUUCCAAAUGCUUACUUUUCUGGUGCAGAAAGAUUGUUGGGAACAGACAGGAACCAAUGUGGGAAUUCAACUUUAAGUUCAAAAAACAGUCCCCUAGAUUAAAGAGCAAGUGUAUGGGAGGGUUGCAGCCUCCCAUUCAGUACGAAGAUGUUCAUACCAACCCAGACCAGGAAUGCCGCCUACUACAGGUCACUACCCUCAACUUCAUCUUUAUUCCAAUUGUCAUGGGAAUGAUAUUUACCCUGUUUACUAUCAAUGUGAGCACAGACAUGCGGCAUCAUCGCGUGAGACUGGUGUUCCAGGACUCUCCUGUCCGUGGUGGCCGGAAACUGCGCAGGGAACAGGGCGUGCAAAUCAUCCUGGACCCAGCGCACAGCGUUCGACUCUUUGGUGGUGUCCCAAUAUUUUUAAUGUAAUGCCUUUGGGCAGGGC